UUUCUCUCACUCUAAAAAUUUAUUUGUUUUUAUCAUGCUACUUUUUGUGGGUUCAUUGCUUUAUCCCCUGGUUAAUCUUUGUUUUCAUUAAUGUUGUUCUUUUUAUUUUAAUAUUUUGUUCCAUUUAUGUUUUUUUUAAUUAAUUAAUUUUUCUGUCUCUAUAGCUGUUAAGAUGUCAGAAAAUGCUAGAAAUGCUAUGAUAGAGAAAUGCUUAUUAGGAUCAAGCCACCAACUGUGGAGAAAUAGAGUAAAAGAGCUUGGACAAUGGGUGAGGAAGGAGUUUUCCAUGUUUGUGGGAAUAGCUGGGAUUUCAAGCUGUGUGGACAUCACUGCUUUUGGUCUUGGUUGGUUUGCUGUUGGACUUAAAAGGAGGAGAAGUUUUAGUCCUUUUUCUAUCUAUGAAGCAAUUGGCGUUGUUCUUCUUAAUUCAUUGAUUCCUGAUAGAUCACAGAUUUUUUAUGUGGCAGGUUUUACAGUCUCAAAGAUUGUAUCCAAGGCAGACAAAGCUUCAAAUAGUUCAGUGUGCGCUAAAGUGAGAAGACAAGGAAACAAAUCAUCACAAAAGAAUUCUGUUUCUUACUCUCUUUGUGUACUCUGUUUUGCUCUGUUUGCAUGCUCUUGUUUCUCACUUUCCAACUUAUAAUUUAUUGAUGAAUUAGCACACAACUCUAGUGUGACUCUAUUGGGUUGCCAAAGAGCUUCUUGGUGAGUUUCGUGAGGUCUCUCACAGUCUUUUGUUCGAAGGUUGGUGGUUCAUGGUCAUGGGUUUCAUCCUGUGGACCCCGGAAUUGACACCAUAAAAAUGCUACAUCAACUUGGAGGUGAUGAGGUUCUCUUCUCUGAGCAAGUCUCUGGUUAACCUUCAUUUCAGUUGGUGCUUGAUGGGAUAGAGAGUCUCCCUAUUCUUGGUUAUGGUUAAACUUUAUGGUGAAAAUAAUAUUAAUAAGGUGGAAUUGAUGUUUUCCAUUGGCAAAGGAUUUUGAAGAUCCAAAAGGAGAAGACUCGGAUGAUGUUGAAUCCCAAAAGAGGACUGCGCUUGGAGCCUCCUUGGAACUUUCAUGUUUGUAUGAGACAAUCAUCCCACGGGCCUAAAGACAUGGAGGGGUAAAAAGUUAAACAAAAAUAGAUUCAUAUGGCAUUAAUUAUAUAAAUUAUAGACUUUUUGUUUUUAAUUUUUUUUAGGUAAUCAAAUACUAUAUGUUUUCUCUAGUGGACCACCAUAUGAUAUAUAGCUUUUAAUAGCUAAACAUAUUGUAGGGACUGCCCCAUCACCAAUAAAUAGAUAUGACUUAUG